CGAGAAGCUCGCGUGCAGCAGCAGACAGAGUGAUGGUCUCGCGCUCGGCGGCGGGUCAUGUUGUCCGCGCCGCACGAGACUUUACCGCGAGUCACCUUCAGCGGAGCGAGACCGUCCACGACUGGAGGACCCCCCCAGACACGAGGACCUGAGGCGAGGAUGGGCGGAGAGGCGUGUCCGCACAAGCUGGGAUCCACCAAUCACCUUCGACUUCUUCUCUACAUCCUGGUUCCCACCGUGAGCCUCCUGGCUGGAGUCCUGCUGCUGGUCCUGGUCCUCACAGGUAUCCUAGGCAACAUCAGCCCCCUCCCCUCCCCGGAGCCAAUCGCCGAUCGUGACCCCGGUUACCACAGCAACAGCACAAUCGUCCCGUCCUUCACGUCAGAGGCUGAAAACGUCACGUACACGCUACGAAGCCGCGACGAAACCACGCCCCCUACGGCCUCGUCUUCUCAGGCCACGCCCACCCAUCCAUACACGAAGCCUCCUGAUUGGCUUACGUCAGUGAGGUCGCUGAGCACCACCUGGCCAACAAGCACCACCCCAGCACCUGACGCAGGAAGCUGUCAGCCCAUCAUGGAGCCUCAGUGUCACAUGUUGCCCUACAACCAGACCUGGUUAUCCUCCUCCGUCGCCGUGGUGAAGAGCUCAGAGGUGGACAUGUUGCUAAGGUUCUUCAGCUACCUCAGCAGACUGUCCUGCUACAGACACAUCAUGCUGUUUGGAUGUUCUCUGGCGUUACCAGAGUGUUUCUCUGCAGACGGGUCUCAGGACAGGAGGGUUGUGUUGCCCUGUGCCUCUUUUUGUGAAGCUGCCAGAGAAGGUUGUGAACCUGUCCUCCACAUGUUCAACGCCUCCUGGCCCGACUUCCUGCGCUGCUCACAGUUCAACAACGGCCCCUACACUUCACCUGCACCCCCCCCAUCAUCAUCAUCAUCGUCAUCUUCAUCAUCGUCAUCUUCAUCAUCGUCUUCAUCGUCGUCACCCACGGUGACAGCGCCCCCCGACCAACCCGUCUGUUACUCCCCCCGACAGAUUAAAGGGAAGCCAUCCGUCUGUGGAGGGAAGGACCACUUCCUGUGUGCAACGGGGAUUUGUGUCCCCCAGAAACUGGCGUGUAACGGCUACAACGACUGUGACGACUGGAGCGACGAGACGCACUGUGUGUGUCCUGAGGCAGAUUUCCGUUGUAACACUGGUCGUUGUGUGUCUCCUGAUCUGGUGUGUGACGGAUACGACGACUGUGGAGACCUGAGUGAUGAGCUGAGCUGUGUUUGUGAUCUGAGCCGUGACCAUCGCUGUGGUGAUGGACGUUGUGUCUCCAGAGACUGGCUCUGUGACGGAGACCACGACUGUCUGGACAAGAGCGACGAGCUCAACUGCUCCUGUAAGAGCCAGGGCUUGUUGGAGUGCAGGAACGGUCAGUGCGUCCCUUCAGCGUUCCGUUGUGACGGAGAGGACGACUGUAAGGACGGUAGUGAUGAGGAGCACUGCAGCAGAGAGCAGAAUCAGGGCGGGUGUGUUCCUGGUCAGCCCAGCUGUAUCUCCAACUCCUGUCAGUCAGGAUGUGGGGGGGGCAACGCAGCCUGUGACCCCCGAAACAACAACAACAACUGCACUCGCUGUGAACCCAUCAGCCUGGAGCUGUGCAUGAACCUGCCGUACAACCUGACCAGCUACCCCAACUACCUGGGCCACCUGUCCCAGAGGGAGAGCUCCGUGUCCUGGGAGUCCUCCCUGUUCCCGGCCCUGGUCCAGACCGGCUGCUACCAGUACCUCAUGUUCUACGCCUGCACCCUCCUGGUACCCAAAUGUGACCCGGUCAGUCUGCAGAAGGUCCCACCCUGCAGGUCUCUGUGCCGUAACGCCAAGGAGAAGUGUGAGUCGGUGCUCGGCAUUGUGGGGUUGCAGUGGCCUGAGGACUCUGACUGUAGUCAGUUUCCAGAGGAGGGAGGGAACGCCACCUGCCUUCUACCGGAGGACGGGGUGGACGAGUGCUCCCCCAGCCACUUCAAGUGCCGGUCGGGUCGCUGCGUCCUGGCGACCAAGCGCUGUGACGGACACCUGGACUGUGACGACCACAGCGACGAGGACAACUGUGGAUGCUCUGAGCGCGCUCUGUGGGAGUGUCCCGGCAGUAAGGUCUGCAUUAAGGCCAGUAUGAUCUGUGAUGGAUUCCCAGACUGCCCCCUGCUGGUGGACGAGGCCAACUGCACGGUGUGUAGAGACAACGAGCUGUCCUGUAACAACCACCAGUGUGUUCAUCGGACUCUGUGGUGUGACGGAGUGAAGCACUGCUCAGACAGCUCCGACGAGUGGAACUGUGUGUCCCUGUCCGAUCAGUCCGGUUCCGUCCUGACGGUGUUUAAGACGGCAGCAGAGUAUCAGGUCUGCAGUGACGAGUGGAACCACGAGCUCAGUAAACUGACCUGCAACCAGCUGGGACUAGGCGUUCCCUCCUCUGUCUCCAUGGUACCCGACCAGCCCGGGAUCCCGGGACGUCGCCGUUGGUUACACGUCCACCCGGAGUGGGAGUUGAGGAACGGUUCUGCUCUUCAGGCGCGACUGGAGAAGAGAAGCCACGCGUGUCACUCCAGGAGAAGAGUUUCAGUCCUGUGCACCAGAGAAGAGUGCGGUCUGAGGCCGGUGGUGGGGGUCUACCCUCACAGGAGGAAGCGUAUCCUGGGGGGCCGGGUGUCCCGAAGGGGGGCGUGGCCAUGGCAGUGCUCUCUGCAGAGUGGACAGAGUGGACACGUCUGUGGCUGCGUCCUCAUCGCCCGGCGGUGGGCUCUGACCGUGGCCCACUGCUUCGAGGGGAGAGAGAGUGCAGAGCUGUGGAAGGUGGUUCUGGGCAUCAGUAACCUGGACCAUCCUGGGGUCUACAGCCAGACCCGUGGGGUGCGCUCCAUCAUCGUACACCCCCGCUACAACCGGGCGGUGGUCGAUUACGACAUCAGCGUGGUGCAGCUGGACUCAGAGGUGGAGGAGACGGCCUUCGUGAGACCGGUGUGUCUUCCUCAUCUUGGACAGCUUCCCUCUCCAGACUCCUACUGCUACAUCACUGGCUGGGGUCACAUGGGCAACAGAAUGCCCUUUAAGCUGCAGGAGGGGGAGGUCCGGAUCAUCUCGCUCUCUCAGUGUCAGUCGUACUUCGACAUGAAGACCAUCACUCCCAGAAUGCUUUGUGCAGGAUAUGAUGCUGGGACGGUGGACUCCUGCAUGGGGGACAGUGGAGGUCCUCUGGUCUGUGAGGAGGAGGAAGGGGGGCGCUGGACUCUGUUCGGCCUGACGUCCUGGGGCAGCGUGUGCUUCAGUAAAGUUCUGGGACCUGGAGUUUACAGCAACGUGACUCACUUCACUCCCUGGAUCCAACAACAGAUCUACAUCCACACAUACCUGACUGACUAACACACAACGCACUUCACAUUCCAGGAGGAGGACCAGGAAGAGGAGGAGGAGGUGAUGGCCUCGACAGCCCCAACACACCUUCACCUCCUCUACCUCCUCAGCUCCUUCAGCUCCUCCUUCUCUUCCAUCAACUCCUCCUCUUUUACCUUCAGCUCCUCCUCCUCUUCCAUCAACUCCUCCUUUACCUUCAGCUCCUCCUUCUUUUCCAUCAGCUCCUCCUCUACCUGUGCCUAUAUCUUUACUGAGAGCCUUCAGACGCCAGCUGCUAAUAAAUAAAUAACAGCAGGGCGGCUAGUUAGCUAGCUAACAGUUAGCUGAUUAGUUAGUAGUUAGCUGGUUAGCUGGUUAGUAGUUAGUUAGUAGCUAGUCCAGCCGCUGUAGUCUGAGUAGAACUCACUGUUGUUGGUUCCAACAUCCAAGUAAACCCUGUUCACACUGGACUAGAUCAGUCUGGUCCUCUGGUUAUUUAUAAUAAUGUUGGGGGUCGUCUGUGUGAAUCAUCCAAGUCCUGUUCCCCCUCCCUGUGAGGAACCAACUGCACUAAUGUUGUAUUAUUAUUAUUAUUAUUAUUAUUAUUAUUAUUAUUAUUAUUAUUAUGUUGAUUCCCUCUGGAUUAGUUUUAUCUCAGGACAUCUGUGUUGCCAGAUAUAAGGUUUUAAUAAAUAACUUCACACAGUAUGACCUCCAACAUUACUAUCAAUAACCAAAGGUCCACAUCAACCUAGUCCUGUUAAAAUAGGGCUUAAAAUGAUUGUGUUUAUUGGUUGAGACGAGUAUGGAGACAAAGGAGGCACCAAGACCACUGCUCAGAACUUAACGUAAGAACCAGGACUCAACAAAGCUACAGUCUCAGACAGUAUUAGAAGUGGUCUGAGAAUCCAGUGGGUAGAGCAUCAUUACAUCUAAUCAGAUCAAAACAUUCAGAUUCACAAAUGUUCAGACCAGGAGACCAGAUUCAGUUUGGUGUCUCCACCUUCAGAGGAAACCUUCCAUUUCCACACUACAGAUAAAUACAGAUGAGUGAAGGAGCCACAGGUCCUGAUUUAAUAUAUUUGCUCUUAUAAAGUCACAGAGAUCAGUUAAAAGCAAAUGAAACGACAAAAAAGAGACGAAAGUGACCAGAAAACAAACAAAAUGGGCACAAAUCAGUCACUCAGAUUUUAUUUCUGUAGCAUCUUUCAGAACAAACAAAAUGCAUUCAGAGUGAUUCACAUUUUGAUUGACAUUUAAUCUUUACGUACAAGUUUAAUUUUCCUCCAACUCCAAAAAGUUUUUUCAAAAUAAGAUGCAUAAGUUAAAUCCUUAAAUAUCCCCAAAAAUCCAGCCAGUCUGGUUUCCAUAUGUGUUGAGUGGUGGUCGACCUUCUUUGUCUCUUUAAGGUCCGACAUCACAGGGAGAGUUUAUUUAUAUGUGUGUGUGUUGGGUUAACACACAAUUAGCUCCGUGCUACUCAGUAAAAAUGUUCAUCAUCAUCAUAGAAAACAGAUAAUUUCUUGGAAAGUUUCCUCAUAACUUCCUUUGCUCUAAACGAUGGUUCCUGGAAGAGUUGCUGCUAAUUGAACUAGCUAUUUUGCUCCAGUAAAUAUUCUUUUGUAUUGAUUAAUAACGUAGAGCUGAUAAAUCAUUCCGUUUAGUUCAUAGUUUUUUUUUUUUAUUAGAAACUGAUUUACAUCAAACAGCUGCUACAUUUCAGGAAGUUAUGAGGACAGUUUCCAGAAAAGUAAAAUAAAGCAUAGCAAGGCGUUAGCCAGAACGCCAAAUGCUAGCGAAAACAGACCAGCUGAGCACUUCCCACAAUGCUUCACUCUGUAGUGCCUGUACUUAAAGUUAGCGGUAAACCUUGUUACCUGUACAGUGUCGUACUGUGUGAGCCGUGGUGUGAAUGUCGGAGAGGAGUUUGUUUAGCUGUUUGUUUGCUUGUUUUUUUAAUGCUCAAUGUUUGUAUUCUCACAGUUGGCCAUGUUGGUUUAUUAACAUUGAACUCACACAAAGGAGUCUUAUAGAGACACAAAUGUCCAGUAAUAAUUAACGUUAACCCUCCUGAAGCCAUUAACUCUCCACCCAGUGAUAUAUUACAGCCACUAUAUUUAUUACAAAUGAUAAAUAACAACAUUCAGUAUUUAUUUCUCUACCGUAACGUCGUCAUCUGAACUGGACUCAAACUAAAGUGCAAACAGAAAAGAAACAACCGCUUACAAAUUGUUGUUGUUGAUGCUAACAGUGCGAUGAAUUAGCUUUCACUGGAAGUUCUACGAGAAGCCGUUUUAUGCUAGCUAGCAGACUCACACUAACACUAAACUGCCAAAUUAGCGCCAGCUGGAAUAUGAAGCACAAAUGUAGCACAUUGUCAGUAUACAGCAUUUAGUAAUGUGCUUUGGUAGCAUUAGCACUAAGAUACGUUAGCUUAAAUCAUGUAUUUAGGUCAGACAGUAGCAGUUUUAGCUUAACGCCGUAGCUAUGUUAGCUGGAGGUAAAAAGCAAUUAUGUCAGUAGCCUUAAGAAUACAGAUUAAAUGAAAUGCUUUGGUUGUAAUACCACGAGACACCGCCGGGGAAAUAUGGAAGCGGAGCUGAGCAGCGGUGGCGUCUCAGCCUGACGUUUGGUUUCACCUAAAAUCACAACUGAACUCUUUAUUUAGUUUGUUUGAAGCCUGGCAGGUUUUAAAAAAUAUAUAAAUUUUAUUUGCGUAAAAGAUUACAAACCAUGGUAAUAAACGGCGCCCCCUGCUCCGUGGACGCUGGCGUCUACAGUAGCUCCUGUUCCCCUGUCAAACUUGGAGGAUGUGAAAGUGGACCUGGUCUCUAUGUUUUCAAACAGAAGACGACAUAAACAAGUCACAGACGAUGUAGCAUCACACAAACAAUCCUUAACUUGUAAAUUAUUAGUAAUAAUUACUAUGAUGAUUCGUAUUUACUAAUCAUUGACUUUCUAGUCUAGUUUAAGGUCAGGGUCUGGAGUUCAUUAUCAAAAAUACCUCUGAAAAAUCUCCAACCAAUCAGAGGGACAGAGUUUGUCCUCCAUGUGUCUUGAUAAAAGCCUUAAUUUCUGUUAAUUGUUCAUUCUUUAAAGUUAUUUCACCACCAGACGAGAUAGAGGAAUCUACAUAUCCAUUUAAAUAUGUUUGCCUACUGUCCAUCCACCAAUGAUUUAGACUGGUCCCAACAGAGGGACUGUAGUACAUCCUUAAGACUCAGCCCAUUCUCAAAACCAGAAAAAACUGACAAACUACUUUGUACGUUGUGUUAUUGUAUGUUGUCCGUCAUACUUGAAAACAUGAAAUUUUUCAAAUUUCUUUAACUUUCAUGGAGAAAUUUCAGAUGAAUGAGUUUUCCAUACAUGGGUCCUUGUCCUUAAAGGGACAACCCACCUCUAUGAGAAAUCAUGUGAAAUUUAGUCGCUCGCCGUAUCCCCCAGAGUUUUAUAAGUGAGACAAAGCGUUUUUAAAUCGGUCCAAGCAUGAUGUUAGCUUUAGCUUAGCAUAAGUGCUAUAAUGUAGAGUUGCCAAUUAGCCAGUUGUUCUCAAAAAUGAUAAAUGAAGUCAACAAUUUUGUGAACGACUGGCUAAUUGGCAACACUACCUUACAGCGCUUAUGCUAAGCUAAAGCUAACAGCUGCUGUGACGUAUCCCUUUAUCCCAUCUUCUUCAUGGUUCCUAAUAAAUCAGUUGUGCUCAGCAUUCAUGCAGAGGGGGACCUUGUAGUCCGCAUUAGACCCUGAUUAGACCUGACAGUGUUUCCUUGAUUUUCUCUGAUUGGCUCAAUGAAAACCACAUGACAAUAAACCUCACUGAGAGGAACGUUAGUGAUAAUUUCUUCCUGCCAGGCUCCAGAACACAUUCAUUUACUUUUAGUUUAUUAACAUUUCAUCUCUUCUCUAAAAUCGUUUAACCCCGUAGACAAGUAGACGCCCAGCUAGUUGUCCCAGCUAGCUGUCACAAAUAGCUGUCCCUGUUAGCUGUUCCGGCUAAUUGCUCCGGCUAGCUGUUCCGGCUAAUUGCUCCGGCUAGUUGCCAAGCUAGCUGUCUCAGCUAGUUGCCCUGAGGUCGAACUGGAGCCCAGAACAUUCCAAGCGGCCACUGUUGUCGUUAUUUUUGUGUGUUUGGUUUUUUAAGAGUAUUUUUCUACAGCUUUUUGUACGUCAUGCUUCUCACACAGGGCUGCUAGUGUGUGUGUGUAUGCGUGUGGGUGUGUGUGUGUUUCUUCACGUUACCAUGACAACAAUGACGACGAUGAUGACGAAGAGUUGUUGUUUGAUUAGAUGGGUUUAAAUGAACAGACCGUAAUAGCCUCUAAUGUUUCGUGUAAACAGUGAACAUUUGGUUUGUAUCACCUUGUGUCACCAAUAAACUAUACACACCUGUA